UGUGAUUCGACUGGACGUGCACAACAGCAAUGAUCUGACCAUGAAGCCAAGAUCUGCGUUAUCUGCUGCCAGAUGAAGGUCGGCGCUGCUGUGAUGGCCGUGUUGUGCCUCACGGCCUCGGCCAUCGACAGGGGAGGGACGGGAGCAGGUCAUGCACGGCACGCAUCCAAGCCAGGACCGUCCCUGGUCCCUGGCUUCCAGCCAUCCCUCUCCGUGAGCUCUCUGAGAACAGCCACAACGACGCACAUGAGUGUCCGGUCCAACCUGAAGAUGAGUGCAGCACCCGCCGUUGCACCCCCCACUGAGGCGCAGCCGAGGAAGAUGCUGCGGCUGCGCGUCAAGGAAGACGAAGAAGAGGCAGGACGAGACGAUGCGCAAGCGGAAACCGAGGCAGCAACCACUGUCCAGCUGACAAGGUGCGGGCAGAUGGAUGAUUGAUAAGCCCACGUGUGCCAUCACUCUCUCUUUCGUGUUUGGUAUCUUUCGUCAGGGAUCCGGGCACGGCUACGAUGGUCCUUCGAGGCAUCCUGACACCGACUGGCAAGACGACGGUCAUCGGCAACGCCAACCAGGCCCCUCGCAGCGGCGGCUCGGGACUCCAGGCGGCCACGCUCGAGAUGCGAUCGGUGAUGCUGAUGCUGGCGCUGGUGCUCCUGCUGGCGAUGGUGAUGCUGAUUACCCGGACCAGGAGAUGGAACGGCUGCUUGUAGAGGGGUCUCCAUCACUCCCUUUUUCGGUGUGCGUUCUGUGCUGAUAUGAGCUGAGCUCUGUCUGUGUGUAUGUGUGUCUGUGUGGGUUGGUUGCCGUUUGAAUCAGCGUUGUGCAUGUCGUGCUGGCCCGCUGAGUCAGGCGCUGCUGUAAAGAGAUGACGUCUUAUAUGUACUUGUGGAUUUCAAUCAAGGGAGGGUUUAAAGACUUUCAAUGCGUGUAUGUGUGAGUCAGUGGGUGGGUGGGUAUCUGGUCGGUCGCCUACUGGCGACGGAUGGAUGGCCGCGAACGGAGAGAGAGACGGACCAAGGGGACGGAGGGGUGUGACUGAUAUGCUGUUUGUUCAUGACUGACUGCUGCUGGGUGACACUCUGCUCGAUGGACGGAUGCGAUCAAUUGGCGUCUUUUGAAUUGUUGACCUAUUUUUGGUGCCCAAACCGAUGAAUGAAUGGAUGGAUUACUCAAUAUCAGUCGACG